AUGUCAAUUUCUGAUUUUAAACCGGAACUAUGGACAACUUCUUCUAAUAAUGCAUUAAAGAUUUCAUUAGUUGGCGAAAAUGCUGUUCAAUUUUCACCUACCUUUACAUAUCCAAUAUUUGGUGAUUCUGAACAAAUAUUCGGUUAUCAAGAUUUGGUUAUACAUUUAGUCUUUGAUUCUGUUACAUUUAAACCUUUUAUGAAUGUAAAAUAUUCUAAAAAAAUUGAUAACGAAGCUGAUGAUAUUCAAGGGAAAUUAUUAAAGUUCUUACCGAAAGAUGAUAUUAUUGUUAAAGAUGAAGAGAAAUGGGUAGACGCCUUUGAAGAAGAACAAAAAUCUUAUAAGUUUUUAAAUGAUGAAUUUAAAAUUGGAGAGUAUUCUAUAGGAGACGAUGAAUUUGUUGUUUAUAAAGCCGGUAUCAAAGAUAAAUUUAUUAAUAAAUUUCAUCAACGUAUUCAAAUCUUUUCUUUAUUAUUAAUCGAAGCAGCAUCAUAUAUCGAUGACUCUGAUCCAAAUUGGGAAUUAGUUUUAUCUUUUAAUAAGAAAACUAAACAGUGUGUUGGAUUUGUAACUGUUUAUAAAUAUUGGAAAUAUGAAGGCUUCAAAGAAUUUGACAAUGAUGAUAAUUCACAUUAUAGAGGAAAAAUAUCCCAAUUCCUAGUAUUCCCACCUUAUCAAGGUAAAGGCCAUGGUUCUAAUCUGUAUCAAUCAAUUUAUAACACUUGGAAAAAUGAUUCAUCAAUUACUGAACUUGUUGUUGAAGAUCCAAAUGAAGAUUUUGAUGACUUGAGAGAUCGUACUGACUUAGAAAUGUUACAAAAAGAAUUAUUUUUCAAUUCUGUACCAAAUUCUGGACUUGUUGAAGAAGCUUGGAUAAAAAAACAAAUGAAGAAAUAUAAAAUUGAAGCAAGGCAAUUCCAUCGCUUAAUUGAAAUGAUUAUGCUCCAUAAGAACUACAAUAAUUUUAACAUUCAGGUGAAAAAGAGGCUUUUCUUAAAGAACUACGAUGCUCUAAUCGAAAUGGAAGAAUCUGAAAGAAACGAUGCAUUAGAUAAAUCAGUAGAGUCAUUGGAAGAAGAUUACAAGAGAAUCCUAUCUUUAUGUAAAUUUGGUAAGAGAGACCCUUCCUUUGAUGAUGAAAAACAUAGAAACAAAAAAGUAAAACUCUAG